GCCAUCGGUAAGCAAACGUCUUGCCGUUUGCACGCAACAUAACAUACAGACCAAUCAGCUGAUGUUGGUCAUUCGUCGGAGGUUGGAUACAGUAAGAUUUCAUUAUGGCUACAUUACGGACAACUACUACAACAGAAUUUCGAAAGCGAGUAUAUUUUGAUGGAUCACCAUCUCACGCUUUCAAUGAGAAAUGCCUAACGCCUUUAAUGAAAGCAUGUAUGUACGGGCGAUCCGAACAAGUCAAACUUAUUCUAGAAGAAAAACCAUUGACAGUAGUAGAACGAGAUAGUGUUUUUAAGACAGCGUUGCAUUAUUGUGCCGAAAACGACGAGGAAGAUGCAGACUGCGCUAAACUUCUUCUAGAAGCCGAUCCAUCUAUAGUCGAUAUACCCGACGACGAUGGUCACACGGCCCUACAUUUGGCUGUAAUCGCUGGUAAUUUGCCGUUAGUUCGAUUUCUGCUCGUGUCUGGACAGGCUGACCCAAAUAAACGAGAUGCUGAAGGUCACUCGACUGUACAUUGGGCGACAGUAUGCGCCGACGUGGACGCUCUCGAGUUAGUGCUCAGCCACGGCGGCACGACCAGUUCCGCAGACGUUCACGGCGGAUAUGCCAUCCAUUACGCAGCUCAGAUGUGCGGCAACGGAGCGUGUCGUUCGGGCGACGCGCGAAACACCGGUGUCCGCGUGUUGCAGUUGUUACUGUCGUUCGGCGCCGACGUUCACGUGACCGACAAACACGGACGUCAACCAAUUUUGUGGGCGGCCAGCGCGGGUAGUGCGGAUGCUAUCAUAACUUUGGUGAACGGUGGAGCAAAUGUAGAAUCGCACGACAAAGACGGACUGACAGCGUUGCACUGUGCAGCCAGUCGAGGGCACGUUGAAUGCGUAGACGGACUAUUGACGUUGUGCGGAUGCGAAGUCGACGCGGUGGACAGUAACAGUUGUUCGGCUCUUUUCUAUGCCGUGACAUUAGGCCACGCGGACGCGACCGAGAUACUAUUGGAACAUGGAGCUAAUCCCGAUCGACAGGACGGCAAAGGAAGAACGCCAGCUCAUUGUGGUGCAUUCAAAGGCCAAUUAGAAACAGUCCGACUUUUAGCUGAACAUAGUGCCAAUUUAUGGCUGCGAAACUCAAAGGGCGGGUAUCCAUUGCACGACGCAGUGAGGUCGGGUCGCAAGGAGUUAGUACUUUGGCUGAUAUCAAUGCGUCCCGAGUCUGUAGACUAUUAUGAUGAUGACGGUAAACGACCAUUGCAUAUCGCUGCGCUUAACAACAAUUUGGAAAUGAGUAAGAUUAUCUUAGAUAACGGAGCAUCAAUUAAUCCAGUAAUGAAAAUCAAAGGAGAACGAAUGACACCACUUGAUGUAGCUCUACGAAAAAACAAUAGACAUCUAGCGAAGUUUUUAAAUCUUUUUGGUGGUAAACCAACUAGCAAGUUAAAUAAAACGUUGUCUAAACAACAAUCUACUGUACGUGUUAAAACUAAAAGAAUUGAAUCUCGUAGAAAUUCAUAUUCAUCCGAUUCGAUUAACCGCAAAUAUCGUAACGGUGGUGGCCGAAAAAAACAACUCAAUUCCCGCAAAGUUGAAAGCCCGAAAUCUAACAAAGUAUCAAAGGGUCGUGUUGUUCAAGUGCACAUAAGGGCGAACGUGUUGACGAAAACGGUCGGCAAGUCGCGAGACGACAGAAAGCCGUGCGGCGGUGGUACACUGCCGAAAACCCAUCGAAAAAAGGGGACGAACGUUGCGAACGAGCAAAAGGAAUGUUUCAGUGAAAACGACAUGUGUUACGGCGGCGACGGUGACGACGACUACGAAUACGAUUACGACGACGACGACGACAACGACGAUUGUGACGGCGACGACUAUGACGACGAGGACGACGUUGAUGUUGGCGACGGUGACGAUGACGGUGCAGACGGCGGUUGCGUCGAAGAACAGACAAACGGUUCGGCCGCUGCGGCGGCGGCCGACCAUUGCGGUAACGGCAGACGACUGCAGAGGAACAGGCGUCGUGGUAACAGGAUGGCGACUAGGGCGGGUAACAAUGACGUCGGCGGUGGUCGUCAUCGACGCGACAAGGCGGCGGCCAAAGCGAAUACUGCCGGCGACCAACAACAAGAGUUACGCGCAGACGGCGUCGCAUCUAAAGCGACGUCUGGUGAGGUGGGCGGCGGCGGCGGCGGCGGCGGUGGUGGUAACGACAGACCCGUCGGCACGAAUCCUACAACUCCCGGAAAACUCGACAACAAGGACGGCGAGAAACCGAAAACAACCGCGGAAAACGAAGACGCUAACCGCGACGACAUCCGAUUAAAGGACGGUCAGGCGGCGGAGAAGGAGAAAGUUAAGGACGGCGAAGACGUCUUUGAUCAGCAGCUUGUGCCGGGGACUGGACCGGAAGUGACGUCGCACAGCGAUCACGACAAAAGAGACGACGGUCCGACGACGAUCCUGACGACCGUAGAACCGGAAAUCGGUGGCUUGACGACUGAUGGCCCAUCAGUGACGAAAAGUGGUGCAACGACCUCGACGGUGACGAAAACCGGUGCGACGACAAAAGGAAGUGUGGCGGCACGGUCGACGAGCCGCGAGGGCGGCAAAAUGCCGACGACGGGCCAACCCAACAGUGGCAGGGCCAUAGUCGAAGUAUUGGAUCGUGUGGACACGCCACAACUGUCGACCACGGUCGACGGCGACGGCGAUGUCGGGGUGGGAGUCGUUGUCGGAGGUAGAAACUUCGGAGGCGAACCGACGGCGUUCAGUGUGCUGCCGGACUCGGGACGCGACGACGAAAGACCUUGCGAGUGUCCCAAUUGUUGCCGACGGAAACCGUUACGGUCGACUUCGAAAAAAAUGAAAAGCCGAAUUCCUCGUUUGAAUAACUACUGUAGUUUAGCGCCUACUUCCGAUCUAAACACUAUGUCUGUAACAAAAGCUGUCCAAUUGAGUAGUAGAAAGUAUAAUUUGGAACGGUUGAUUUUUUAUCAACUGUCUGAAUUAAAACGGUUACAAAUCAGAGCGGGAAAAUCCGACGAACGAGUAUUGGUUAAACGGCUGGUUGAAGAGUAUGGUAGUACAGGACUAUUUACUGGAUUGAAAAGAUAUGACGGACCUUUUUCGUUUAAACGUUUCGAAAAAUAUUUAUACGAUCAACUGCUGGUAUUACAAAAACAAUCAUUGGCCGACGACAAAACCACGGUCCCCAGGGUACAAUCAAUCGAUGAAGUGGAAAAACUAGCUGGAGCUUUGCGACGGAUCGACGCCGGAAAAACAGUGUUGGAGAACCCAAACGAUUGUCUAUCGUGCAUCCGGACUACAAACAGGUGUUUUCACGCCACUCACGCAUACACUGGUGUACCUUGUGCCGCAUAUAUACCGAAAUUCCGGUUGGACCACCAUAGCAUGCCGAAACCGCCGACGGACGACGGCCGUCGCCACCGCUUCCUGCCAGACAUCCGGGCGGGCCAGGACACAUCCGGCGGGGCCACCACGCGGUGCCUGCGCAACGUGGACCCGUCCAGACCGAUUACGCUGCAGCUGGGCAACGGGCCUUGCGCCCAAGCCAUCGACUUGCCCACCGACAAGCUGGACAAGAACAGGCGGUACUUCGUCACAUUCACGAUCAAGGGCGCUGCGGAUGGCGCGCACAACAAACACCGUCCACCGGCUCCACCUGCGUUCCGGCCCGACGGUCGCCGCGGCCACGGCGUCGACUGCAAUCCGCCGCUCGCCCACACUCACGCCAAAAGCUUUUAG